AAACCAAAAGGCUGCUAAUUUUGAUAGUAAUACUAAUCAUAAUCGGCUAUAAAUUCAAGUUUUUGUUAAGCAUAUUAUGAUCAUAUUCCUUUGUGCUUCAUCAUGAAAUUGUUCAUGUCUCAAAUUGAGUUUCUUAGGCACAUGACACUUGUGUCUUUCAUUGUGCUUAUUUUAUUAUGUAGUAAUACUUCCCCAAUAUUUGCUUCAAAGAGUUGUGAUUUUCCAGCCAUAUUCAAUUUUGGUGCUUCAAACUCUGAUACUGGUGGAUUGGCUGCUGCCUUCGAAGCACUACCGUUUCCAUUUGGAGAGACUUAUUUUCAUAGAUCAACUGGAAGAUAUUCUGAUGGUAGAAUCAUUCUUGAUUUCAUAGCACAAAGUUUUGGACUUCCGUAUCUCCAUCCAUAUCUCAAUUCUCUUGGGUCCAACUUUACAUAUGGUGCAAAUUUUGCAACAGCGGGGUCAACAAUCAGAAUCCCGAAUAGUAUUUUACCUCGAGGAAUGUUUAGUCCAUUCGCCCUUAUAGUUCAGUAUAGACAAUUCAGAGAUUUCAUACGCAACACAAAAUUCAUUAGAGAUCAAGGAGGUGUAUUUGCAACAUUGAUCCCCAAAGAAGAUUAUUUUUCCAAAGCCUUAUACACAUUUGAUAUUGGUCAAAAUGAUUUUGUUGCUGGGUUGAGUAAUAAUGAGACUAUACAACAAGUGAAUGCUACUGUACCUGAUAUAGUAAACACUUUCAUAGAGAAUAUCAAGAGCAUAUACAACUUAGGUGCCAGAUCAUUUUGGAUACACAACACAGGACCAAAUGGAUGCCUUCCUGUAACUUUGGCGAAUUUUCCUUCCAAAAUAAAGGAUAGAUAUGGUUGUGCAAAGCAAUUCAAUGAAGUAUCUCAGUAUUUCAAUUUAAAGUUGAAGGAAGGAUUAGCUCAACUUCGAAAAGAUCUUCCUCUUGCUGCAAUCACAUACGUUGAUAUUUACACUCCUAAGUAUUUACUUUUUCAAAAUCCAAAAAAAUAUGGAUUUGAGCAUCCACUUGUGGCAUGUUGCGGCUAUGGAGGGAAGUACAACAAUAACGUUAGGAAUAAAUGUGGAGAAUCCAUAAACAUAAACGGUACCAAACAUCUCGUGGGUUCAUGUAAAAAUCCAUCUAAAAGAGUGGUAUGGGAUGGAACUCAUUACACAGAGGCAGCUAACAAAUUCGUCUUUGAUCAAAUUUCUACCGGAGCAUUCACAGAUCCUCCCAUUCCACUAAAUAUGGCAUGUCACCGAAAAUUCCCUUGAAAUAACGAGCUUUGUAAACUAAUAAUAGGUGAAGAACCCUAUUAUCGAUUUAUCAAUAUAUUUGGCAUGUGGUAUCAAUUGAAUAAAGUUUUUUUCAGUAGACA